AUGCCCCCCUCGUCGUCUCAGUACACAAUGCGUUUUCGAUGGAAUGCGAAAUUGAAGUCAAGCAGCAGGACGCCACUGAAACUACUCAUUCGCUGGUUCUCUUUGAACCACGCCGAGUAUUUUAGCUGCCGAAACUACGCCGAGGUAUUAGAAAGAUUUCGGCAAGAGCUACUGCAUCGUGGUGAGAAAGGGUGUACUAUCGGAGAUAUUCACUCACAGAUCGUACGACUGAUCAGCCUGAAAAGCGUGCAGAUGAAUGAGCUUCGUGAAAAGAUAGCAGCCGCUGGGUUUCCUCGCUGUACUGCACGCGAGUUGCGUGAGCAGAUCUCAAGCUUGGCGAUCACACCGUGGUCACCAUUUCUCAAACAGUACGUGCAUCGCCUCGACGCUAUUUUCCAUGGAGUCCGCGUCAAGCUCGAGCGCGAUGCCACUGCAAACGAACCGAGAGCUGCGAGCAGCACUCGUCGCGGCAUCCGCAGUACCAGAGAAAACCGCAACACGCAACGAAGUCACAGGGCUGCUCGUAGAAGUGCUACGGGUGAAAGUCGUCCUAUCAAGACAGAGCCAUGCUUCCCAGAUGGAUCCUCCAAUGCUCCACUUGUCGUUUAUGGCGAUGACAACGACGAGAAUUCACGAGCUGCUGCAAACGAACCAACGCUCGAAGAGAUCCACCGGCGUGAGGCGCUAGUGGAUGUACGACUCAAGUACAAAACGACGUUGUCUGAAGACGAAAUUGAAAAGCUCUUCCCCUUGCCCAAGAUCUAG